AUGGCAUUAACAGCAUCACAAAUAGAAGCAAUUGAGCGUCUAGCACCUAUCAAGUUCCACCAAAUCUUCAAAAUUCCAGCGACGGAAACCCACUCAGAGCUCAAGGUAUCCUAUGCCAUCGCAGGACCGUCAGAUGAGAAUGUACCGACUAUCCUCUUUGUUGCGGGUAUGUUAGGUAUACGAUGGCUGGCAUUUUUGUUUGAUCAUGUGGCAACAGUAGAGGGCGUUAGAGUUAUUUUGAUAGACAGGCCUGGAUUUGGGGGUUCCACUGCAGUCCCACUUCGAGACCGUUUGCCCGUUUAUCUUGAGACUAUUCCUCUUCUCCUCAAUAAUCUGAACAUCAAACAUGUUUCACUUGCAAGCCACAGUGCUGGGACAAUAUACGCUCUUAACAUUAUCGCCCGCCUUCCUCACAUUAUUUGUCCGAGUCGGCCCAGGAUCACUCUGCUUUCUCCAUGGGUCCAUCAAGAUCUGUCAUCGAAAACGUUCCUUCAGGUCGCUUCGAUGCUUCCAAAUAGUGUGAUCAAUCACUGGGGCUCGGUCAUUAAUUUCGUUUUGAACAACGCUACACCUAUGAUAGCAAGUUCAGGAGGAGUGUUUUCUGCUUUAAAGUCUUCCUUCUCUGCCCCAGGAGUUGCUGCAGAGACGCGGAGAGAGAUGGCAGAGCAGAAGAUCCGAGAGGGUUAUGGCGUAUCGAAAGAGACGAAAAAGGAGAUGGAUAGUUUACUGUUCAAGUGGGCAUUUCUAGAAGAUACGACGGGCCUAAAUGAUGAGGCAAGAUUAUGUUUGAAGAAGACAGAUGACUGUAGUUGGGAUGCUUGUGAGGAUUACGAAGAGAUGGUCAAAUCUUUGGCAGAGAUGUGGACCCAAAGGGUGGAAAGGAAACAAAGUGCGAUGCUGGAAGUAAAAAUCUACCUUGCUGAAGAUGACAUCAUGACUGGCGAGAAGGGAAAAGGGUACUUCCGGAAAUGUUGGACCAGUGAGGAUUGGGUUUCGGGAAUCAAAACCCAUUGA